UGAAACAACAAUAAUACAGUUUGUGAUGUGUUUGUAAGACCAGUGAAAACAAUUGUGAUUACAAAUAGUAUUAUUACAGAAGCAAACGAAGCUUGCAAUACUAAUAUGUCUUCCCUCCAAAAGUCGAUUUUAAAAUCAAAACUACCACCGUCAGGUGUCAAUGUUGGAAUGAGUGCUAGGUUAGUCAAAUCAAAGGGAUUUCAGCGUAAAAGAGACUAUGAACCAGUUCAGUGGAUUCCAUAUUUUGAUCAUUCCAAGAAAGUGAAUAUAGGAGAUGAUAAAUUUCAUAUUUAUACUAAGGGUACAAAAGGACCUACAUUAGUAUUGCUACAUGGGGGUGGUUACAGUGCAUUAACUUGGGCAGAGUUCACUGUAGGUAUUAACUAUUAAAUGUAUGAAAUGCAGAAUAAUUUGCACAUUUUGCAUGUUUUAGAAAUCAAUCAUGGAAGAAACUUGUCUACAGAUAUUUUAGCAGAAGAUGUUGCGGCAAUUGUUAGAGAAACAACAGAAGAUGAUCCGAUAAUCCUUGUGGGUCACAGUAUGGGUGGUGCAGUAGCUGUUAGAGCUGCUCCAUUAAUUCGGAAUUUGUAUGGAUUAGGAGUUAUUGAUGUUGUUGAAGGAACAGCUAUGGAUGCAUUAGCAUCUAUGCAAAGCUUUCUAAGAUCUCGGCCAUCUAGUUUUAGCUCUAUUUCUCAAGCUGUGGAGUGGUGUGUACGAAGUGGCCAAAUCCGUAACAUACAAUCAGCUAAGGUGUCAGUUCCUGGACAAAUAAAAAACAUCGAAACCAACAAAUUAGCCACUCAUGAUAUCGAUUCUCUAUCGCAAACAACAUGCGAGUGUAAUACAGAAACUAAGGUUUCGCGUGAAGAUGUUAUUCAAGAAGAGGAACCUGUAAAUAUGCUACCGCCACCUCCCCCUACCACUGCCACUGCUACUAAAAAAUAUGUUUGGAGAAUAGACUUAUCCAAGACUGAAAAGUAUUGGCAUGGAUGGUUUAAUGGUUUGUCAACUGCAUUCUUAAAUGUACCGGCUCCAAAGGUAUUACUGCUUGCUGGUGUCGAUAGAUUAGAUCGGGAACUUACGGUUGGUCAAAUGCAAGGUAAAUUUCAAAUGCAAGUACUACCUGCAUGUGGACAUGCAGUACAUGAAGAUGUUCCAGAUAAAGUUGCAGAAGCAAUUGCUACUUUUAUGGUUAGACACAAAUUUGCAGAACCAGCAUCUGAUUUUCCGCGAACAUUUCCUGCUUGUUAG